AUGUCAGCAUACGGAGCUAUAGCUGCUCCUGCUACGAAAGGUUCAUUGGAAAUUCGAUCAUAUCCUCUACCUGUUGAUGGAUUGAUACUAGUUACCUAUCCUAUAACGGGUGCUGAUGCACCUAAGGAAGUGAUAGAGUAUUUAUAUGGAAUAUUCGAGGCCGAAUUAGAGGGAGGUAAAACAUAUCCACAAGAAGGUCCAUUAUCUUUAGAAGCAUAUACAGCUUAUUUCUUCGGAUCAACAACGAUAGUUGGUGUGGUCCAAUCAUCCUCUGAGGAAAUAAAGGAUAGUCUAGGUAAAGCUUUAGAAGGUAAGAAAUUGGAUGAUGCUUUAGGUGGAUGUUAUUAUAUUAAACCAAACUAUCCAGGAAGAAGUAGUCAUAACGGGGGAUUCAUCGUAGCUCCAACACAGAGAGGGAGAAAGAUAGGAUUGAAUUUAGGUAGAUCAUAUUUACAAUAUGCGCCUGAAUUAGGAUAUAAAGGUAGUGUAUUCAACUUGGUUUACAAGAAUAACGCCGCUUCAUUAGCUAUAUGGGAUCAACUCGGAUUUCAAAGAGCAGGAUUGAUUCCCAAUGCAGGUAGAUUAAGGACAGGUCCAAAUGGAACUGAAGAAUAUGUUGAUGCCGUCGUAUUCUUCAAAUCGUUUGUAUAG